AGACCCCAAGUCGUCCCCGAAUUCUUAUUAACAAUUUUGCUACUCUGUGUAUGUAUGUAUGUGUGUGUGUGUGUGGGAGAACCAUAUACAUAAAACCAGUAUAGCAGUUCCAGAGGUGUAGGAGAAAUGGGGUUGGGUUGGUUCCUCGCUUCUUUCUUCCUGUUUGCAACAUCUUCAUUUGCAGAAGCAGAGGAAGGACUUGACCAUUCAGCUUUGCACAUGACCUUGCAUCAUGUGCGUGGACAUGGCUCACCUCUAACCUCCCAGUCUCCACCAUCCAUCUCCGAGUUACUAUCUCGGGACCAAGCACGAGUUAAGCAUCUGAACUUCAGACUCACUAACAAAUCAGAACACCUUUUUGGACCAAAGUCCAUUAGCACACCCGUGAACCCUGGCGAGUCUAUUAGUUCUGGCAAUUACUAUGUUGAGAUUGGCCUUGGCACUCCACCCAGUGACUAUCCUGUGCUUGUCGACACAGGCAGCACCAUCUCCUGGCUGCAAUGCAAGCCUUGCGAGGUGUCUUGCCAUGAUCAGGUCGUUCCUUUUUUCGACCCCUCUACGUCCAGCACCUACAAAACGUUAUUGUGCACAACACCCGAGUGCAAUUCCCUUGAUAACCGUGCUUGCACUACCUCUGACGAGUGCUUGUACAAGGUUACCUAUGGGGACAAAUCUUUCACUAGUGGCUACUUGAGUCAGGAUUCACUGACCCUAACCCAGUCAGAAACGCUGCCUAGUUUUGUGUUCGGGUGUGGCCAGGAUAAUGAAGGGUUGUUCGGUAAGUCUGCUGGUCUUUUUGGCCUGGACCGCAACAAACUCUCCAUGUUCUCUCAAUUGUCAUCCAAAUAUGGAAAUGCCUUCUCCUACUGCCUCCCAACAGCACACGGAGGCACUGGAGGCUCAUUGUCCAUAGGGAGGGAUUCAUUGAUGGGAUUUUCCUACGAGUUCACUCCAAUGCUUACUGAUUCUCAAGGGGGCGGCUUUUACUUUUUGAGUUUGUCGGCGAUUGCAGUGGCAGGCAGGACACUGGGAGUGGGAGAGGCCGAGUACCAGGUUCCAACAAUUAUAGAUUCUGGGACGGUGAUCACUCGCUUGCCUACGUCAGUGUAUGCUGCGCUCAGGGAUGAGUUCACAAAGAUAAUGUCCUCAAAGCAUGAGACUGCCCCGCCUUCUGCAUUAUUCGACACAUGUUAUACAGGGAGUUUGAAAGAAAUGUCAGAUGUGCCUCAGGUUCGGAUGGCGUUUCAAGGAGAGGCUGACCUCACUCUUCCGCCUCAAAACAUUCUGUAUGAUGUGGCUGAGGAGGGCAUUACAUGCUUGGCCUUCGCAGGAAACUCGGACUUGGGUGAUAUCGCCAUUAUUGGAAACCAUCAGCAUCAGACAUAUAGUGUGGCUUAUGAUGUCGCCAAUUCAAGAAUUGGGUUUGCUCCUGGGGGCUGCAACUAGUUAUUUAAAUGAAAUUAACUUUAUGUAGUAGAUCAAUAAAUAUGGCAUCUCAUGAAAUGGAGCAACUGAACCAUUUCUAUAUGAUACAUGAAGAUCUCAUGAUCUUGAAUUGCUCUUGUUUGGAAGCGUCAAUCCCAGCAUAAACAACGGAUCAAAUUAUUUUAUGGUA